CUUGUCCUCACCUCUUCAACUGUAAUUUAUGAGCCCUCAUUCACUUCGGCUGCAUCCCACAGAUCACACCACCGCCAUGAAGGAUCUUAAUGUAUUUUUGCUCUUCUUUGCUGUUUUCUACUCUACAAAGGGACAGACUACAGCACCAUCCAUCUGUGACCUGCCAAAAGAUGAAGGAACGGGCUCAGAUGUAAAAGUCUACUUAUACUACGACAAGGUUGAAGACAAGUGCUUUCCAUUCCGUUACAUGGGAGAGGGGGGUAAUGGAAACCGCUUCACUGCUGAGCAUCUCUGCAUGAGAAACUGUUCAGCCAGAGCUGAGGAGCUCUACCCUUCAGUCAGAUCUGAUUCCUGCCACUUGCCGAAGGCUCCAGGAGACUGUUAUGGUGCAUAUCUGCGCUACUACUAUGAUUCUCUUCAUGCGAAGUGCAAGACGUUCUACUGGACUGGCUGUGUGGGAAAUGGAAACCGUUUCCUUGAUAUUCAGCGUUGCAAUGAUACAUGUUUUGGAAUUCUAGAUGCAGGAGAAGAAAAGGAGGAGGAAGUGGAAUCUGACACACCAAUUGGCAUCAUUUUGGGAGUUGCUUUAGGCAUUAUUGGAGCCAUCAUUCUCAUUGUUGUGCUUGUUCUGACACUAAAGCCUAGCUCAAAAAAAAGCAAAGCGAAGGCCAAAGAAGUUUCUAAGGAUGCAAGUGCUCCUGGACCAGAAUUACCUCUUCAAGAAGCAGCGACUGAAAUGGCCUGAGGGACCACAGUGCAGUUUGAAACACUGUUUGAAAGUCAGCAUGACUACCUAAAUAUGCCAAAGCAUAUUUUAGGUAAUCACUACAAUGGACACAAUGUACAGUACAUGUGGGCACACAAGAUAUGUUUUUGUAUGAAUAUGUGACAGUUUUGAUAUGAAUAUGAACGCAAGUUAAAUUAGAAGAGUAUGGUUAUUAAUGUUGUUGUCCCUGUGCUUGAUGAUUGUAAUUUUAGAUGUCAUAUUGGUAAGCUUUGGCACUACUCAAAAUACUGCAGAAAGUGUACCAUUAUUAGUCUGUCUGUUUUAAUAAGGAAUGUAAUCUAUGUUGUGCUAAGAGUUCAGCCAGCUCCUAUAACACUCCAUAGUCAUUUCAUAAAUGUGUCAAAAAAGUAGUUAUGUAUAGAAUUGAUGUAAUUCCCAAUUCAAUGCAGAAUAUUAAGCCCUCAGUCACAGCCUAUCUAGCAACAUCAACUUUGAAAAAUACAUGUUUAUUUUUACAGUUUUUUUUUUCUAUUUCUAUUUUCUUCUUAAAAUCUGUACCUUCUAUUCCAAUAACAGGUCUUCCUGUGUAAUAACUAGAAUAAAAAUAAAGGAAAAAUGACAAUAAAGGAAGACAACAAGGAGGGUGAAAUUAAA